AUGGCAGAGAUCGAAAAUCAAUCUUCAAAACUUCAUGCCUUUAUUGUUUUUGAUGCAAUUCCUCCCACAAAGGAAGCGCAAGACCCGACAAUUUAUUGGUUUUAUUCCCAGAAAGAGCAAGCUGAAAACUUUAAAUUGAAUAUAACCGGUCUAUUAAUAACAUUUAUUAAUUUUUGCGAAAAAUGGGGAACAUCAGAACCAUGCGAUUAUAUUGAUACAAAAGAUCAUGAAAUUGGAUUGCUCAAAUUAUGUGGACCAAUUUGGAUGGCAAUUUCUUUAAAUUCACCAAUGACUAACAAGCGAUCAUUAAUGUCAUCUCUUCUUGGCUAUUGCAAAAUGAUGUUUUCUCACUUUUUUGUUCCAAUUCCUGAAGAUGAUUCUAAUUUUGGACAAAAUGAUCUCAAAAAACUCAUCUCCAAAAUACCUGAAGGAUUUAAAUACAUUGUAGAGUCAAUUAAUUGGAAUAGUCUCGAUAUUACUUACCUUUAUGAUUCAUAUCACGCUCAAGCUGUUCAAGUUCAGCUUCCAGAAGGCGAAAAUGACAUCAAUGCAAUAUGUCAAGAUAUUCUCAACCAACAACCGAAGUAUUUUGAUAACAUUAUCAUUUUAUAUUCAAAACAUCGAGUAAUUUAUACAACACUCAAUCCUACCAUUACUAGAGCUAUUUCUUUCGCUAUGAGAAAGAAGUUUAAGUAUAUGUAUUUGCAUAAUCCCAUUUGUCAAAGCGAAUUUUCUUGGCUUCUUGGUUUAUACGCUGAUGCACGUGGAAUGACGUCGAUUUAUCAGCAGCCUAUUUAUUAUGAUGGCAAACCACAUCUGUUCGUUGCAUUCAAAUACCAUAAAUUCAAGAUAAUUCUUACAAUUCCAACAGAUCUCAUUUUAUCUGACCAAACUUAUCUUGAAAUGCCUUCCAGACUCAAGAAACUCAACAAAGCCCUCAAGGUUUGCUAUCCAAAGCCAAUUCCUUUCUCUCCAAUCCCUUACACGCGUGCUCUUAAUGAUGGAAACAAACUUACAUGUCAAAGUGACAAAUUUGCACCGAAGGACCAUCAAUUCGUCCAUCAAGCAUUCAUACACUUACACGAAAUCUCAAAAACUUACUCGCCUACUUCUUCUUCGAUUUUGGUGCCUUCUGAGAACCAUUACUACAUUCUCUGCGUUCACUGUGAGAAUGCGGAAAGUCUCGUAGCAUCGCAGAAGGAAGAUGAAGGUUUGUAUCGAAAUCUGAACACAUGCCAAAUUAUUCAGAGGUUAAGAGAGAAUUCUCAGAAGCAGAGAAGCGUUUGUAACAUUGUUUGA